UAGAGUAUAUUUCAUGCGACAGCUGCAAAAUCUCUCGAGGCAGUCGACCACCCCCAAAAUUCUCUGAAUCCUCAAAUUAUAAUUCGAUCCACAUCCUUGUCCGAUCCCCUUCAACGGUUACAAACUACAUAGGUUGGAGGGCACAUAAAUCAUGGCAGGCUUGCCGCGCUAUCUGAUUGCCUGCCUAGACAGUGGAAGACUUGCUAUUUUGGCGAUAAUGGUUUCUGGUGGAAUAGUAUUACAAUUUCUGGCAUGUGCAUUAUACAAUAACUGGUGGCCUAUGUUAACAGCAUUGAUGUACGUUGUUCUUCCAAUGCCUCUAAUGUUCUUUGCGGGCUCCAACUCUUCUUCGCUUAUGUCUGCUGAUGGAGAUAGCUGGGUAAAUUUUACAAAGUUCUUGACUGGAGUUUCUGUGGUAGGAAGCAUCGCAAUACCGUCCAUCUUAAAGCAUGCAGGUAUCAUUGGAUGGGGAGCUCUGGCAAUGGAGCUUUCAUCUUUCUUCAUCUUUGCUGUGGUGAUUCUAUGUUUCUUACAGACAAACAAUGAUGAUGAUUACAGCUACUUCUGAAUGUUUCAACUAAUGAGCACCAUACUGAUUCUGUACAGAAGUGAUCAAAUUCCACGCCAUUGUUUAUAGAUGAUUUCUUGUAAUUUUCCAUCCCAUUGUAGAUGCUAAAGUUUGUAAAUGUGUUCCCUUCUGAUAUGAUGUUAAACUGUGUGUUUCGCACGCAGCUGGAGGUAGCGUUAUGCUCAAAACGUUGAAAGGCCAAAUUGGUUUGUUAUUUGUCAAAAGUUUUCUUCGCCCUGAACCAAAAUAUGCGAGAUAACUUCAUUUC